AUGCUUAAUAUCUUUGACAAAACCGCAUCAGGGAAUGCAAACCUAGUCCAUGUCAUCUCCCUUCGUAACUUAACUCCUGGAGUCCAGGUACCAUUCAGCAGUUUGUUACAAGUGAGUGGCUUUCUGGGCCAUUUUGAGAGGGCGUUUAAGAGCCAGCCACAUUACUGCGGAUCUGGAGUCACAGAUAAGCCAGACCGGCCUGUCUCAGGCCAGCUGAGAUCCAGGCAGUGCAGUGCGUCCCUGGGGCCUAGUGUCGAAGAACAGCUGAGCUACAGAGAAGAAGGCUACAUCCCCUUUUUUAUGGCACUAGCUGCCGUUAUGCAGGUACUUGCCUUUCGGGAUGCCCCCUUGUCUGGGGCUUCACUUGCUUUGCUGGAAGAAUUUGAGGAAGCUGCCAAACAGCUCAAGAGCGAAAAAAGUCAAAUUAAACUCGGCAAGGUUGAUGCCUCAACAGAAAAGGAUCUUGCAAAAGAAUUUGGAACACAAGAUUAUCCAAUUCUGAAAUUUUUCAUAAAAGGAGACAGGAAAAACCCUCUGAACUGUGCAGGAGCAAGAACUGCAUCUUCCAUUAUCACGUGGUUAAAGAGAAGGAUCGGUACAAGUGCCAUACGUCUGCUCAAUGUCACUCAUAUUGAAACUUUUAUUGCCUCUGAUGAUGUGGUGGUUGUUGGUUUCUUUAAGGACCUUAAAGGAAAUGACACUAAAACUUUUUAUGAGACUGCGAAAGACAUUCCUGAUCUUCCAUUUGGUGUCACAAAUAAUGCAAAACAUUUUGCUAAAUAUGGCAUCACCAGGGACACCAUCGUUCUGUUCAGGAAGUUUGAAGAAGAACGUAUAGGCUAUGAAAUUGCUGAUGGCAGUAGGCUGGAACAAGAUGAUCUGACCAAGUUCAUCAAAGUCAACGAGCUGCAUUCAGUCACAGAGUAUAAUCAACUGACUGCAGGCAAGAUCUUUGAUGUUGGCAUUGACAGUCACCUUCUGCUAUUUGUAGACAAGACAUCGGAGGAGUUUAAUGAGAUGUACAAAAACUUCAAAGCUGCUGCCUCCGACUUCAGGGCCCAGAUAAUCUUUAUUUUGGUUGACACCAAUGAGAGUCAGAAUGGCCGCUUGAGAGAGUUUUUCCGGAUUCGGGAUCUGGACGUACCCGCUGUUUGUCUGAUUAAUACAACGGGGAGUGUGAGAUACAGAAUGCAAGGUGGCAAAGUCACAACUGAAAAUGUGAAAACUUUCUGCCAGGCUUACCUAGACGGGAAAGAAAAGCCUCAACAGUACAGUGAGGAACUUCCUGAAGAUUGGAACAAGAACCCUGUCAAAGUAUUAGUGGGAACAAACUUUGAUGAAGUUGUAUUUAAUACCACAAGGAGUGUCAUUGUGUUGUUUUAUGCUCCAUGGUCUCAGAGAUGCAAGGAAAUUAAUUCUAUUUGGGAUCAACUGGGGAUGAGAUACAAGGACUCCGAACACAUUGUCAUUGCUAAGAUAGACAUCACUGCGAAUGAAGUUGAGUCGGUUAUAGUUGAGGAGUAUCCAAGUGUAAAGUAUUUUCCGGCUGGAUCAGAUAAAAAGAUUGUACACUAUACCAGUGCUCAGACUCUAGAAGCUUUUUCUAAAUUUCUGGAUAAACAAGGAAAAUCAAAGAAUCAUGGUAAAAAAUCAAAUACCACAGAUAAUACAGAUGAAGAAACAAAGGAUGAACUCUAA